AGGCAUACCAAAAUUACUCCAGAGAAUUAAUAAAAUUUAAUUCUGAAAGCACCUUGUCACCACUCAAUUAAAAUGUCUCCAUUACGUUUUAAUCUUUUUUUAAUUGUCUUCAUAUCUACUGUCUAUCUAUCAUAUGAGGAACCUAUUUUGGGAUUAUUAAGUCCAGUUGUUAAUAUCCUAGGUGGAGUAACUGGUAGCGCAACUGCUACUACUGCUAGACCAGCCACAAGUUCAGUUACUGUUGCAUCUGCAACGGGAGCAACCGGAACUGUAUCUGCGGGUGCAACUGGAAGCACAACUACUGGUUCAAAUGGAGUUACUAGUACUAGUACUGUAGUUACUAGUACUAGUACUUCCACUGUUGGCACAUCCAAUGCAGUGUCCGGUGGUGUUGGCAGUAUUCUAGGAGGAAUAACUGAUCCAAUUACAGGUGUUGUUGGGAUAGUUACUGGAGCUACUGGUGGUGAUGUUCUUGGUGGAUUAACUGGCGGUGGAACUGGUAGUGUAACUGAAAUAUUGCCCGGUGUUCUUGGUGGAUUAACUGGAGCUGCUGGGGGAGGUGCACUUACUGGCCUUACCGAUACAAUUACCGGUGCUAUUGGUGGUGUUACCGGAGCUGCUGGUGGAGGUGGAACUGGUAGUGUAACUGACAUAUUGCCCGGUGUUCUUGGUGGAUUAACUGGAGCUGCUGGGGGAGGUGCACUUACUGGCCUUACUGAUACAAUUACCGGUGCUAUUGGUGGUGUUACCGGAGCUGCUGGUGGAGGUGGAACUGGUAGUGUAACUGACAUAUUGCCCGGUGUUCUUGGUGGAUUAACUGGAGCUGCUGGUGGAGGUGCACUUGCUGGUCUUACUGAUACAAUUAACGGUCUUAUUGGUGGUGUUACCGGAGCUGCUGGUGGAGGUGGAACUGGCGGCACAACUGUUCCUGGUGGUGUUAUUAAUAUUCUUAACGGUGCAACUGGAUUAACUGGUGUUCUUGGUGGUGCUAAUGGAAUUCUUAAUGCAGUUCUUGGUAUUCUCGGCUUAUUACCUGGUGCGGGAACUGGAUUACCUGGUGGUCUUGGUGUAAUUCCCAAUAUUUUUGGUUUAUUACCUGGUGCUGGAACUGGAUUGACUGGUGGUCUUGGCGCUCCGAAUGAAAUUCUUAGUGUAAUUCCUAAUAUUCUUGGUUCAGUAACUGGUGAUCUUGGACUUCUUAAUGCAGUUCUUGGUAUUCCUAAUGAAAUUCUUAGUGUAAUUCCUAAUCUUGGUUCAGUAUCUGGUGGUCUUGGAAUUCUUAAUGGAGUUCUUGGUAUUCCUAAUGAAAUUCUUAAUGUAAUUCCUAAUCUUGGUUCAGUAUCUGGUGGUCUUGGAAUUCUUAAUGGAGUUCUUGGUAUUCCUAAUGAAAUUCUUAGUGUAAUCCCUAAUCUUGGUUCAGUAACUGGUGGUCUUGGAAUUCUUAAUGCAAUUCUUGGUAUUCCUGGUUCAUUAACUGGUGUUGGAACUGGAUCAACUGGUGGUCUUGGUGGAAUUCCUGAUAUUUCUGGUUUAUUACCUCUUUUAACUAACUUACUUACCGGUGGUCUUGAUGGAAUUACUGGUAAUAACCCACUCACCGGAAUUCUUACUAGUAUAUUUCCUGAUUUGCCUGGUUUAUUAGCUGGUGGACUUGGUGGACUUGAAGGACUUCAUGAUGUUCUUAACAUAUUAACUGCUGGUUGUACUGGUACCACAAUUGACCCAGUUACCUGUGCUCUUAGUGGCAUUGUUAAUGGUGUUGGUGGAUUAGCUGGAGGAGCAAUUCAAAGCGUAGCUAAUAUACUUUUAGGUAUUGCUGAUAAAAUCUCUGAUGCUACUGCUGCAUUAGAAGCUGGUUCACAUUCAAUUGCUCUCAGCAUUUUGACGGAUGUACUUACUAAUAUGUCAAGCAUUAUUUAUAAUACAACGUGUGGUGCUACCACAGCAACGAAUAUAUUGACAAAUCCAACGGGUGCAUUUACAAUUCUUCAAUCAUUAUUGCCAGUGUAAGCUUUCGCUUAUGAUUUAAUUGAUUAAUGUUUUAAAAUUACAUAAAUUUUUAAGCUUUUAUGUUACAUUUAUGAAUUAUGUAUUUUAGAUUAAAUUCACUUAUGUUUUUAAGUUAAGUUCGAAAUUUUUUGAAUUAUUAAAUAAACUAAUAUAUUUUUACAGAAA